CGGCGCGGAGGGCGUGGCGCAGUGCAUCCUGGGUCGGCGUAGCCAUGGCGGCUCGUGUCCUUUCCGCCGGUGUCCGCCGACUGCCCGCGGCCUUCGCGCUGCUGCCCCGGGCCCCCACCCUGGCCGCAGCCCGGCCGCUCAGCACCGCCCUGUGGCCCGCGGGGGCCCGCACGAGGCGUGGGGCUCCGCAGCCGGUCUCGGUGCUCGCUCAGCUGCGAUCCAGCAGGAAGGAGGCAGUAAGGCCCUCCAAGAGGCCAUGCUGGGAGCCUGGGGCGAGACACCUAACCUCUCUCUGCCACAGUUUCCUCCUCUGUAAAGUGGGCUUGUUAGAACUAAAGGAGGUUCCAGAUGGAGUCACACAGCUGUGCCGCCAGUAUAGUGACCUGCCCCCUUUGACGUUAGAGGGAAUCAAGGACCGUGUUCUUUACGUCUUGAAACUCUAUGACAAGAUUGACCCAGAAAAGCUCUCGGUAAAUUCCCAUUUUAUGAAAGACCUGGGCUUAGACAGUUUGGACCAAGUGGAGAUUAUCAUGGCCAUGGAGGAUGAAUUUGGGUUUGAAAUUCCUGAUGUAGAUGCGGAAAAGUUAAUGUGUCCACAAGAAAUUGUAGAUUACAUUGCAGAUAAGAAGGAUGUCUAUGAAUAAAAUAUCAGACCCCUUUUCUUCCCUGAGAGAACACUCAGAAGAUACUGGCGAGUGUCGGAAAGUGAGAGCACAUUUUGGCAUGACUGCUGACUUUGACAGAGUAAUUCUGUUUAGACUUGUAUUUAAAUUGUCUAAGUGUUUUUGCCCUUUGAAAAUAAAUCUAUAAAACCAACA